UUGCAGAAUUGUAUAUGCGAUAGGCCAGCUAGUCAUAUUGUUUGUACGAGAUGCGGGUUUGAGCUUGUCGGACGACUUCAGAAAGUUUGUCCGGAACAUCCAAAGAAAUUGGCGCUUAUGGAUCAUCGAGAAUGUCCAAAUCGACUGUGCAAAAGUAUUCACUUGAUCGAGGUCUCACUUCAGCAUUAG